UAUAGCUGAAGAAGAGGAAAAAGCGAAAAUGGAGAAAUUUGCAGAGCUGAAAAAAAUAGCAGAAUCGGUGGAAAUAGUGGAUGCUCAUGCCCAUAACAUAGUGGCGAUUGAUUCGACGGUACCUUUUCUCAACUGUUUCUCUGAAGCCGCCGGCGACGCCUUAUCCGACGUACCACAUACCAUCAACUUCAAGAGAAGCCUCAAAGAAAUCGCGGGAAUAUAUGGCUCAAGCUUAUCCUUGCAUGCUGUUCAAGAAUCUCGCCAGCGCUUGGGGUUGGAGUCUAGCGCUGCUGUUUGCUUCAAAGCUGCAAAAAUCUCUGUCUUACUUAUUGAUGAUGGAAUUGAGUUGGACAAAAAAAUUGACAUCAAAUGGCAUAGAAAUUUUGUACCAACAGUUGGUAGAAUACUCCGAGUUGAGCGUGUAGCUGAAAAGAUUCUUGAGAAGGGUUCAAAUGGAACAUGGACACUGAGAUCAUUCAUGGAGAUUUUCACUGAGGAUUUGAAGUCAGUAGCGGAUGAAGUUUUUGCAUUUAAAAGUAUAGUAGCAUAUCGCAGCGGUCUUGCAAUUAAUACGGAAGUUACUGAAAAGGAGGCCGAGGAGGGCCUUAGUGAUGUUUUAUGUGCUGGGCAUCCCAUCCGAAUCUCAAACAAGAGCUUCAUUGAUUAUAUCUUCCUGCAUGCUUUGAAGGUGGCUCAAAGUUAUGACUUGCCAAUGCAAAUACACACCGGUUUCGGGGACAAGGAUUUGGAUCUAAGGCUUGCUAAUCCUCUUCAUCUUCGAAAUCUUCUUGAGGAUAAGAGAUUCAUGAAGAGUCGGUUAGUGCUUUUGCAUGCGUCCUAUCCGUUCUCAAGGGAAGCUUCAUACCUGGCUUCUGUGUACCCCCAAGUCUAUCUUGAUUUUGGAUUGGCAAUUCCUAAACUUAGCUUCCAUGGGAUGGUAUCCUCAGUGAAAGAACUCUUGGAGCUUUCCCCAAUGAAUAAGAUUAUGUUCAGCACUGAUGGCAUCGCAUUUGCGGAAACCUUUUAUUUAGGUGCAAAGAAAGCUCGUGAAGUAGUAUUCUCUGUUCUACGUGAUGCAUGUGUUGAUGGUGAUCUUUCAAUUCCAGAAGCUAUUGCAGCUGUUAAAGAUAUUUUUGCAGAAAACUCAAAGAAAUUCUACAAGCUUGAUGUUUCUUCAAGAUACUCUGAUGUAAAACCUCCUUUAUCAUCUUCCUUCCAAGAGGAAGAGUUAAAUGAAUUAUCAAAGGAUGUCACCUUUGUUCGCAUUAUCUGGAUAGAUGCUUCUGGCCAGCAUAGAUGCCGUGUUGUUCCACAACAACGCUUCUAUAGUUCUGUGCAAAAGCACGGUGUAGGCUUAACUUGUGCAUGUAUGGGAAUGAGUUCAUCAUCUGAUGGUCCUGCAGUGGAUACUAAUCUCUCCGCUUCGGGAGAGACCAGAAUCGUUCCUGAUUUAUCUACCAAAUGCAGACUCCCGUGGAAUAAACAACAAGAAAUGGUUUUGGCUGACAUGUACAUUGAACCUGGUAAAGUUUGGGAAUAUUGUCCGCGAGAAGCAUUGCGCAGAGUCUCUAAAGUUUUAAAAGAUGAAUUCGACUUGGUGGUGAAUGCAGGCUUUGAAAAUGAAUUUUUUCUUUUGAAGAGUAUAUUCAGAAAUGGCAAAGAAGAAUGGACACCAUUUGACAGGACUUCUUACUGUUCUACAUCAUCAUUUGAUGCUGCAUCCCCAAUACUUGAAGAGGUUUUCGCUUCUCUUCAAUCGUUGAAUAUUGCAGUCGAACAAUUACAUGCAGAAGCUGGGAAAGGUCAGUUUGAAAUUGCUCUAAAAUACACAGAUUGUUUUAGAGCAGCUGACAGCUUAAUUUUCGCACGUGAAGUCAUCAAAGCAGUUGCAAGGAAACAUGGAUUGCUGGCAACUUUUGUGCCAAAGUAUGCAUUAGAUGAUAUUGGUUCGGGAUCGCAUGUGCACAUCAGUUUAUCCAAGAAUGGAGAAAAUGUAUUUAUGGCGUCUGGUGAAUCAAGUCGGUAUGGGAUGUCAAAGAUUGGGGAAGCAUUCAUGGCUGGGGUGUUAAAUCAUCUUCCUGCCAUAUUACCAUUCACUGCACCACUCCCUAAUAGUUAUGAUCGCAUACAACCUAACAUGUGGAGUGGAGCAUACCUCUGCUGGGGGAAAGAAAACAGGGAGGCACCAUUGAGAGCUGCUAGCCCUCCUGGAGUUGCACAUGGCCUUAUAAGCAAUUUUGAAAUUAAAGCAUUUGAUGGAUGUGCAAACCCAUACUUGGGUCUUGCUGCUAUAAUUUCUGCUGGAAUUGAUGGCUUGCGGAGAAACUUAAGCCUUCCAGAACCAGUUGAUGGAGAUCCUGAUAUCCUUAAAGAGAAUCUUCAAAGAUUACCAUUGACUCUCUCUGAAUCUGUUGAAGCUUUAGAGAAAGAUUCAUUAUUCAAAGAAAUGAUUGGUGAAAAGCUUUUGGUUGCCAUAAUAGGAGUUCGCAAGGCUGAGGUCAAGUACUAUUCUGAAAAUAAGGAAGGCUACAAGGACCUCAUAUUUAAAUAUUAGGGUGAUUCGUCUUCUUCUUUAAAGUGGAUUUAUUCUACUAGACAGAGUAUCUAGCAUUUAUUUAUUAAUAAAAAU